AGUUACAGACACGGCCCCUGCUGGCGCAGCCUCUCUGAUUCUCUCUUCCUCUCUACGUCCGGCGCUGGGGUUUUUUUCAGACAAGUGCAUCUCCUAACCAGGUCACAUUUCAGCUGCGACCCACUAUCCGUCUGUCACCGGAGUCAGACCGCAGGAGGAGGGCUGAGGAAGACGACGGCGUUUGCUCCCCCAACUGCGGGGUGGGAAGAAGGACGUUAAAAUACUGCAGAAGUCAAGACCCCCACCCCCCACCUCAGGUCGAAUUCAGACCACGAUGCGCGCUCCGGACUGCGGGCGGCUGGCGCUGCCGCUGCUGCUCCUUACAGUAGCUGCCCUGGCCGAAAGCGACGCCAAAAGGCUCAAGGAGGGCGAGACCCCCGGCAAUUUCAUGGAGGACGAGCAAUGGCUGUCGUCCAUCUCGCAGUACAGCGGCAAGAUCAAGCACUGGAACCGCUUCCGAGACGAGGUAGAGGAUGACUACAUCAGGAGCUGGGAGGACAGUCAGCAAGGAGAUGAAGCCCUGGAUACCACCAAGGACCCCUGCCAGAAGGUGAAGUGCAGCCAUCACAAAGUGUGCAUUGCCCAGGGCUACCAGCGGGCAAUGUGCAUCAGCCGCAAGAAGCUGGAGCACAGGAUCAAGCAGCCUGCGCUGAAACUCCAUGGAAACAAAGACACCAUGUGUAAGCCCUGUCACAUGGCCCACCUCGCCUCCGUCUGCGGCUCUGAUGGCCACACUUACAGCUCAGUGUGUAAGCUGGAGCAGCAGGCGUGCCUGAGCAGCAAGCAGCUGACGGUGAAAUGCGAGGGCCCCUGCCCCUGCCCCACGGAGCAGGCCGCCACCUCCUCCACAGAUGGCAAACCAGAGACCUGCACGGGCCAGGACCUGGCUGACUUGGGGGAUCGGCUGCGGGACUGGUUCCAGCUCCUUCAUGAGAACUCCAAGCAGAACGGCUCAGCCAGCAGUGGGGCCCACCCGGCCAGUGGGCUGGACAAGAGCCUGGGGGCCAGCUGCAAGGACUCCAUCGGCUGGAUGUUCUCCAAGCUGGACACAAGUGCCGACCUCUUCCUGGACCAGACGGAGCUGGCUGCCGUCAACCUGGACAAGUACGAGGUCUGCAUCCGCCCCUUCUUCAACUCCUGCGACACCUACAAGGAUGGCCGUGUUUCUACCGCCGAGUGGUGCUUCUGCUUCUGGAGAGAGAAGCCCCCCUGCCUGGCAGAGCUGGAGCGUAUCCAGAUCCAGGAGGCUGCCAAGAAGAAGCCAGGAGUCUUCAUCCCGAGCUGUGACGAGGAUGGCUACUACCGGAAGAUGCAGUGCGACCAGAGCAGCGGCGACUGCUGGUGUGUGGACCAGCUGGGCCUGGAGCUGACCGGCACCCGCACGCAUGGGAGCCCUGACUGUGACGACAUCAUGGGCUUCUCAGGGGACUUCGGGAGCGGUGUCGGCUGGGAGGACGAGGAGGAGAAGGAGACAGAGGAAGCAGGCGAGGAGGCAGAAGAGGAGGGCGAGGCUGGCGAGGCGGAUGACGGAGGCUACAUCUGGUAG